GCCAGAGUGUUUGUUGUGCAGCAAAAAAAAAGUGAAGCGCGAUGAAAAUAUUCUUGCGAAAAUUGUGACAAAUUAAAGAAAUUAAAUUAGAUCCUCGACAUUAAAUAAAUGUUUGAGCGUUGUCACAAAGUGCUGUCACACACAUACGCCUGCCCGCAUUUGUUGUAAGUUGGUCGCUGGCUGGGCAGCAGGCCAUUUCAUUUGUUUACACGCCACGACUUUUUGUUUUGUGGUGUGCGAUAAAAGUUUUCUUAGCAACGCCAAGCUGUAUAUUCCCAUGAAAAGAGACGUACUUCGCCUCAUUGCGGAGGUACGGCCGCGGCGUGCACUAUGGGACACCAGCAUCCGCUUGUCCAACCGCAAGGACGAAUGGGCGACGCAGUGGUUGGAUGUGUCUGCAAAAUUGCAGCUGGACGUUAUUUCAUGCAAGAAGCGCUUCAAAGGUCUGAGGGACAGCUACCGCUCCGAGAUCCGAAAGAUACAGCAGGGUCGCAUCGAAAUGUCCAACUGGACGUACUUUCGACCCUUGGAGUUCCUGCGCAUCAUUUUUGAUCCCACCGGCCUCGUGGGAUUCGAGCCAGAGGAUUACGAAUUCGAUUUCGAGUCGGCCGAGUGCUCCAAUGACUAUGACCAAACACAUAUGGAUGACUUUAUCAUCGAUCUGGACAAUGAUGAUUCGGUGGACUUUGAAAUUAUGGGCGACAUCUUCAAGCGUGACUCGCCCGAGCAACAGGACUCGGGCUCCGAUAUGUCGCUCAUGAAGCCGCUGGACUCUGGCUCAGAUAUGUCGCUGAUGAAGCGCCUGGACAUGUCCAUGGCCAACAGAUCCGAUAUGGAACUGUCGCCGCGACUGCUGUCGCCAUUGCAUCAGCCAGUUAAUCAUUCAAUGCUGCCCAGGCCGCCGCCAACGAAACGCAAUCGUCGGCGAAAGACAUCGUCCUCGUAUGACGGCCCCAUAUCCAAUGGCUACUGCCACAACAACAGCAACAACAACAACAACAGCCAGACAACACACGUGGCGGAGACACCGCCGCCAGCAGCCAGCAGUCAGUCAACAGUGGCGUCCAAAGACGAUGCUGACUACAAUUUUCUGGUUAGCCUAAUGCCGCACAUGAAGUCCCUCUCGGACAUGGGCAAUCUCAAAUUUCGCAUGGAAAUCAGCCGCAUACUAGUGGAACUGAAAAAGGAGGAGACGACGCCAGCACGCAACGAUGCGGCGGUUAGGCCGCAAUAUUCGCCAGCAACAAUGCCAAAGCUAACACCAGCUCCGGCCGCACAGCGAUCUUCGCUGCAGCAGCAUCAGCGCCAGCAGCAGCAGCAGCAGCAGCAACAGCAGCAGCAUCAGCAUCAGCAUUCGGAUCCAGAGAAAUAUUUUAUACCCAACAGCUACCUGAACGGCUACGUGGACAGCUCAAUGGUCGAGUGCGAUGUUAAGAUAGAAAACGAACCUUUGCUUUAAGGUUUGCGAUGAUGUGGAAUUUUUAGUCGUUAUUACAAGCACGCGUACAUGAGGAACUAUAAUGCCGC